AAGUUAAAAUUACAAUCCAAAACAAACUUAACUAUAUGAAAUAACUUAAUUUAAACUUACCAUAUCGAAAUUUUAAAAAAUUAUGAAACGAAAUGAACUAAACAACUAAGUUGGCCAGAAGACGAGUAAUGAGUAGAUGAAGCGCGCGAAAAACGAUGACUUGUGGAAUAAAGCAAUAUGGCUGCCGUUUCCGUGUUCUUCGGCCAUGGAACACCAAGAUUGCCCCUUAAUAGUCGCCAUCAUCUGUUGAAGUACAGUAAUACAUUACCCUUCAUAGUGUUUCCACGUUAGUGUGAAUCAUAUGUGUUGAGAAAUCUUUUUACUUUUGUGUACUGUGAAAAAUUCUUAUUUGAAAACUAUCUGAAAAUGAGGACGACUGCAGAACAAACGAAAAAAAUAGUAUUACAACGGCUAAACAAUAUCAUCAUCACCGUCGGUUUUGAGAGUAUUUCAGCUAUGAUACAUGAAGAAUUUUCCAAGGCAAAUGUAGUUCCAACGGAACUACAUUUCGGGGUUUCUUUACCGUCAUAUGGAGAAAUUUUCAGAAAAUGUGACUGGUGGGAUUUGCCAGAAGGUUUAAUGUGUUCAAAAUGCUACAACCAGGUAUCCAAUUUAUUUCUUUCAAAGGAUUUUAAAAAACGUGUAUGUGAUACCUGCGUUAAAGACAGAGAUCAACAAGUAGCACAAUCACAUGACGUGUCAUUGAAAUUGUUAAAAUAUUCCCAAUUCACCACAAACAGCGUGAAUCACAUUGCAUUUGUUGGUCGGCAAUCCAGAGGACGUCCGCUGAGCAACGAAAGUUUCGAAAUCUUAAAAGAAUUUUCUCGCAACUGGAGUGAUUUCCCAUUAAGAACAACAAGCAUACAGAAUGACAUUGGUAAUUUCGGUGGUAAUGGUUCAGCGUUAGCAGUUUACUCAGCCAUGAAUACCAGAUUGCUGAAAAAUUCGAAUGGCAAUACUUUUUUACCAUUGUCGGAGUUAAUUGCUAGGUUAAGUUGCUUUUACCGACCAGGAUUAGACCACAUUACAAUUGUGUUCUACACCUUUACUGCUUUGUCAGUAAAAGCACAAAAUUUGCUUAGAAUUAUUUUGGAUUUGCAAAAAGCCAACAUUCCAAAGCAAAACAUUAAUAACUUUUCCCGAACUCUGUAAAGAGAAUCAUAGACAUUUAAGUUACAUAAAUUCAAAAUAGAAUCAAUCGAUGAUCGGAACGUUUAGCUACCUGAGUGCCGACAACAACAAUCUGUGGUAACUGAAUUGUGUCUGCCCCAACUGUGUGAAAAACAUCUUGAAGUUUGUUAAUGACUGGAAUUAUUUCCCCAUGCUUUAAGACGAUCUGGUUGUUCACGACAAUAGAAUAUUUUUGAACGUGGGGGAGGCUCUUACUAAUCCCUUAACUCGGAGAUGGUAUAUACGUUUAUUAACAGUUUUCCGCUCUUUAUCAAGCAGACAAGAGGUUGUAGACCAAUGAAAGAAUUCGGGCAUUGCCACCUAGCGGUAUUUUCUCAAACAAAUCAUUCGCUCGAUAAUUUCAUCAUAUUUUAUUUGUAAAUGAAAUGAGAUUGUAAAAAAUUGUAAAAGUACAAUUAAGAUAUGCUAACUAGUUAUAAAAAGAGAGCUUUUAUCACAAGUCAAGGGGAAACUAGGGAAAAUAAUUUUAAAUCAAUAACACUACCAAACGUUACCUUCGUGUCCUAGCUUAUCAACGUCUGGGGCGGAGGGGGGGUUGAUGAUGCUUUCAGUGUUGUGAAAACAAAGCAUCGCUGCCAGAUACAUUUUUCUCAGUAAGCAUACACAGAGGGCGCUGUGGGUACUAUUUUACAAGGUCACCUUCAGUUGAACCUUGACUGUUACCCUGAAGAGAGAUUGCUCCAGCCUCCAAUGGAUCUUCAAAAACGCGUUCCUAAACGGAAUUUACCAGUUCCGUCACCGUCACCAUCUCCGUCCCCAUCUCCAACACGACGACCAUCAACGCCACUUU